CUUGAAUCGGAGUCUUCACUCCACUGACUGAAGACUUCUGCCUCUGAUAUCCAGCACACACUGACCCAUCCAAGCCAACAAUGAAGAGUGCGGUGAUUUUCUCAGUCUUGCUGCUCUCAGCUGCCACUGUCCAGGGCAUGAAUCAAAAUUUCGGGGUGACAAAAUGUUGCUUUAAAUUUGCUGACGCAUCCAGUUUUAUUCAGAAUGUGGUGGAUUACCAAGAAACUCACCCACUGUGCCCUCGUAAGGGAAUCAUAUUGACCACAAAGACUAAAAGACAAGUCUGUGUGGACCCUCAACAAGAGAUGAUCAAGAAGCUCACCAAAGAUUUGUCCGCGACUCGUGGCUGACAGUGGAGCUGAGCCUCUUCAUAACUCCCCUCACAUGUAGUUUCCAUGUGUCAGUCCCUUUUCAGGGGAGUUCACGGUCCUGCGUAUCAUUUUAUCCUUUUUCUUUCCCUCUCCGUCAUAUAGCUCCAAUAUAUCUCCAUGUUUACCAUUUUGUCCUUUCAUCUUUUUUAAAUAUUGCAAAACAAAAGUUUCAUUAGCGAUAUUUAUAAAUCUUUCACCGAUACCUUCUAAUUGUAUUGAGUUUUUAUCAUUCGAAAAUACAAUAAAACUGAGUCUUGAAAGAUAUUUCGGAUCUAACGUGACUCUACUCACGUAUCUUUUCGGUUCAAGAUUGUAAAAUUAAAAAACAGAGGUCAUUUGUUGUAUCGCGGAAGUUCAACGAUUGUGAAUGGUAAAUAAAUGUCGCAGUGA